AUGGCACACGGCGAAAAUACUAUCUCAGAUGCGGAGGUGAUGGGCGAGAAGGCGGAGAUGACACAUGAAGAAACCGUUCAUCUUGCUGAGUUAACACCCGAGGAAAAAGUUCUGGAGAAAAAGCUCUGCAGGAAAAUUGAUCUCAUGAUCAUGCCACUGGUUAUUUUGGUUUAUCUGAUGAAUUAUAUUGACCGAAACAACUAUGCUGCCGCGAAGCUCCAAGGACUGACAUCGGAUCUCAACAUGAACCAGCAGCAAUACCAAACAGGCCUUUCCAUCAUGUUUGUCGCCUACAUCCUCAUGCAGGUCCCCUCCAACCUGUUGCUUAAUUAUAUGGGGCGACCCUCUCUUUAUCUUGGGUUUUUCGUCUCCGCUUGGGGCCUUGUCUCGGCCUGCACGAGUCAAGUCACAGGAUACGGUGGAAUAGUUGCAUGCCGGUUUAUUCUCGGACUAGUCGAGGCGCCUUUCUUCGCCGGAGUCCUAUUCUAUCUAUCCAAAUGGUACACUCGCAACGAGCUGGCGUUCAGAAUGAGCAUCUUCUACUCAGGCUCCCUCAUCAGCGGUGCCUUCGGCAACUUGAUCGCCGCAGGUAUCCUCAGCGGACUAUCCGGUGAAAGAGGCAUGGCAGCCUGGCAAUGGCUAUACAUAAUCGAAGGAUCAGUCACCUGUUUCAUCGGUAUUGUGAUAUGCUUCAUUCUACCCGACUUCCCUGAAACGUGGCGUCUCCUUGACCCCGAAAUGCGGGCUGUGGCCAUCCGGAGACUAGCGAUUGAAGCAGCCGAGGCCGAUGUUGAUGAAACCGAAGGUGCAGGAAUGAGCCAGCUCAAGGGACUCAAAAUGGCGAUGACGGAUAUCAAGACAUAUGUGUUCGCGUUUGCGUACGUGUGCACUGCUGCCGGAGGCAGCUUCCAAUAUUUUUUCCCGACAUUGGCAGAGACGCUGGGGUACAACAAGACGAUUUCACUGUUACUUGUUGCGCCACCAUAUGUGUUUAUGGUGUUUUAUAGUAUUUUCCACAGUUGGCUGUCCGAUAAAUUGGGUGUGCGAUUUUGGUUUUUCUUUUACCCUAUUCCGAUUACGAUCAUUGGCUUUAUCAUUUUCAUGACGACGGAUUCCUUUGGCCCACGCUAUUUCUCCAUGUUCUUGAUGAACUUUACUUUUGCUCAGAACGGCACUUUGUAUUCUUGGAUUGCGAAUGCGUUGCCUCGACCUCCUGCGAAGCGUGCCGCUGCUUACGCCUUUAUCAACUCGAUCGGAAACUCGGCUACCAUUUGGACACCUUAUACGUACUACGACUCACAGGGUACUCAUUACCCUGUUGCACUUGGCAUUUGCAUUGCGGUGCAGGCACUGGGUGGUCUGGCGGCUAUAUUCAUGUACUUUAAUCUGAGAAUGAUGAACAAGCGACAGGAGCGCCUGGAGAAUGAGAGUGGAGAAGUGCAGCUUACUGAGAAAGAGCUUAGACGGCUGCAAAUUACGGCGGACUAUGAAGGAAUUGAUAUCGCGGCCGCGCGUCGGCUGCAGAAAGGGUUUCGAUACAUGCUCUAG